AUGCCAUCUUUUCCACCAUUCAUCAACCAUCUAUUCACCAUCUUAGAAACACCCAUAAACCACCCGUACAUACGUUGGUCAUCAACAGGUAAAAGCAUAGUAAUACCUAACCAGCAUAUGUUUACGGUGCAUGUGCUCGUUAAGUAUUUUAACCAUGGCAACUUCUCAUCUUUUAUACGUCAGCUAAACAAAUACGGGUUUAGCAAGGUUAGGAACAGCCUAUCCGGUGUACACGAAUUUAGACAGGAGCAUUUCAUAAAGGAGAAACCUUUUUUGAGUAGAUGGAUCAGAAGGAGAAAGGGAAGUGGUGUUAAGAAGCGAGUUGAGGAGUUGUGGAUGAAAUACAACUGCUUAUCAAAGGAGAUAAGUGAGAUUAAAAGAAAAAUUGGUAUUAGUACCGAUGAAUAUGGAAUAGGUAGGAAUGAUGACGUGAACAACAACGGUAGUGAAAGGAAUAGAAACAAAAAAAUUAGCGAUGUGAAAGAGAAUAUGAUGGGCGGUAAUACCGUGUAUGAACCUAUGAGCAGGUUUGAUAUGGCAAAUAAUGAAGAUGUUGAUGACAAAAUAAUGAUAAAUUGUGAAAAGGUGUGUGAUAUGGAAUGGGAUGGAAAAGAAAUG